AUGGGUAUGACGAAGAUGAGCAAGGAUCACGCUAUACAGGAUGAUGUCGAUGCCUUAGAACUGGCUCGGUUGGGAUACAAGCAAGAAUUCAAACGCGCCUUCUCGCCCCUCGAGGUCUUCGGCCUGGUCUUCAGUAUCUUCGGGCUCUUCCCCUCCAUCGCCUCCGUUCUGACUUAUGCUCUGCCGAAUGGCGGCCCCGUCGCACUCGUGUGGGGUUGGGGAGUCUGCUGUGUCUUCCUUGUCCUCAUCUCACUCGCUCUGGCGGAACUGGGCUCCGCGGCGCCCACGUCCGGCGGGUUGUACUACUGGUCAUUCAAGUUCGGCUCCCCGCGCUGGCGGCGCCUGCUCUCGUGGAUUGUCGGAUACUCGAACACGAUUGGCCUGAUCGCCGGAGUUGCUUCGGUUGAUUGGGGAUGCGCCGUGCAGUUGAUGGCCGCAGUGAGUAUUGGUUCCAAUCAGACGUUCACGGCGACUACGGGCCAGACAUUCGGCGUCUAUGUUGCGAUCCUGUUAUUGCAUGCUACGAUCUCCUCUCUGGCGACUGCGAUAGUUGCCAAAUUACAAACUGUCUACGUCGUCCUAAAUGUGCUGCUAUGUCUCGCCAUCAUCAUCGCCUUACCUGCGGCGACACCAGAGGAGUUCAAGAACCCUGCUAGCUACGCGUUGGGAGGAUUCACAAACUUCAGCGGCUGGCCAGAUGGAUUCGCGUUCUGCUUGAGUUUCCUGGCGCCCCUGUGGACCAUAUCCGGUUUCGACGCCUCGCUUCACAUCAGCGAAGAAGCCUCGAACGCGGCCGUCGCAGUCCCUUGGGCAUUGAUAGCGGCCACCACUACUGGCGGCAUACUGGGUUGGGCUAUCAAUGUCGCGAUUGCGUUCCGAAUGGGUACGGACGUCGAAGGGAUCAUGAAUAGUCCCAUUGGUCAACCUAUGGCUGCGAUCUUAUUCAACAGCCUGGGACAGAAAGGUACUCUUGCAGUCUGGUCGGUGGUUGUUGCGGUCCAAUUCUUCAUGGGAACGAGCUCGUUGCUGGCGAGUUCCCGCCAGACGUUCGCAUUCGCACGGGAUGGUGGCCUUCCUUUCUCGCGUUAUUUAUACCGUGUCAAUCGCCACACGCAGACGCCAGUCAACUGCGCCUGGUUCUCGGCCUUCAUAGCGCUCCUCCUUGGGCUCUUGGCAUUCGCUGGCUCCACUGCCAUCUCGGCCAUUUUCAGCCUUGGGGUCGUAGGCCUCUAUAUCGCGUACAUCAUCCCAAUCAUCAGCAGAUUCGUAGGUGGAACAGAAUGGAGGCCGGGGCCGUUUAACAUGGGCCGGCUCGGGUUGCCGGUAGCCGCCAUAGCUGUGGCGUGGAUGAUCUUCUCUAUCGUCAUCCUGAUUUUCCCGAGUUCCCCGGACCCGAGCGGCCCCGACAUGAAUUAUACAAUCGUGGUGCUUGGCGCCUGGAUAUCGCUCUGCUUGGUAUACUAUUAUUUCCCCGUGUAUGGCGGCGUGCAUUGGUUCCACGGACCCAUUGCAAACGUCUCAUCGGCGGGAGAUGGGCAAGGAGAUACAAAAAGCAUCAAUGUCGAGGACGGAGAGCCGUAUAUAGAGAAGUGA